UCGGGCUGCAAACUGUCUGCCAUCGACUGUCAUCUGAUAUAUAUUUUAUUUACAGAUACGAUGUUCGAAUGUUAUUUUUAAGAAGAAAGAAAUAAAAUGAGUAUAGAUAGCUGAAAUAUUGUGAGAAAACGAAGCAAAUAAACAUUUAAAGUGAUAAUUGAAUGUAAACUAUGUCAAAACAAUAUUAUAUUACGCUGACGCUAUUAUUGACGCCAAAUAUUUUGCUAUGUGCAACGGCGGCCGUUCACAGUCACAGCAUCGAUAAUACGGAACGAGAGUCGGACGGCGCGUACCGGCCGAGAGACUACGAGCACUAUAACGACGCCGGUCAUAACGUGGAGUUCGAUCACGAAGCGAUACUAGGUAGCGUCAGGGAGGCAGAAGAAUAUGACUUGCUCAGUCCUGAGGAGGCGAAGCGGCGGUUCGCGCUUCUACUACCGAAAAUGGACUUAAAUGGGGAUUCCUAUGUUGACCAUUCUGAGCUUAAGAAGUGGAUCCUGAACUCUUUUAUAAAGUUAUCACAAGAGGAAGCCGAGGAGCGCAUGUCAGAAGCAGACAGCAACCAAGAUGGACAGGUCACAUGGUCGGAGUAUCUCAAGGACGCGUUCGGAGUCAGCACUGAGGACGAACUGGACUCUGAGGAUAUCGGAGACACGGGCAUGUUGGUGCGCGAGGAGAAGGCGAUGUGGCGCGCCGCCGACCGCGACGCCGACGGCGCGCUCGACUUCCACGAGUUCGCGGUGUUCUCUAACCCCGAGGAGCACGAGUCGAUGCACGUCUUCCUCGUGAACCAGACGAUACGGGAGAAGGACCUCAACGGGGACGGGCUCAUCAGCUUCCACGAGUACAUCGGAGAAAGGGGCGCGCAGCAGGACCAGGAGUGGGUGAUCGCGGAGCGCGACAAGUUCGACCACGAGCUGGACCGCGACCGCGACGGACUGCUGGCGCCCGACGAGCUGCGCCGCUGGCUCGUGCCCGACAACGACGAGAUAGCGGAGGAGGAAGCAGAGCACCUGAUGGCGACGGCGGACGACGACGGCGACGGUCGGCUGUCCUACCGCGAGCUGCUCGACCACCACGCCGUCUUCGUGGGCGGACAAGACACGCGCGACCGCAUCGACGACGAACUGUAGACCCCCCCCCCCCACACCGGUCAGACGGAUGACAGACGCCCACAGACGUAUCUACGACAACUUGAAUCGUAGAGAAACUUAUAAUCUCAAUGUCUCUCUUUUGACGUUUCAUUAUUCAUAUUACUACUUCCAUGGCACAUUCUAACAACGCAGAAAGCAAGAACACUGACAUUUUCACAAAGUAUGUCUGCCGGAGUCGGUCCGUGUGUUUGCGUACACGAAAUAAUUACUGUUCACUGGAUGUUAAUAUGUUCAUGGACAAAGCAUGGAUUGAUUUUUUUGUGUCUAUGCUGAUGCGUGCAUGCUACGUACGUUGUCUGUAAAAGUCAAUCGAGUCUCACUCUCCCAAUGUCAAAAGUCCUUGUAUUUUCCGAGACGAUAGAACAACCUCUAUCCGACAUAACCGCACCUCGACAUUGUCUUAUGUUUAAUGAAUCAUUGAUGUCAGUUAUGUUGUUCACAUUAAAAUAAGUUUGUUGCACAGGACGAACUUAUGAACUAUCACAUUCUCACGUGGGAGAGUGAAAAGGAUAGCAAGAACUUUAGUUAUAUUCAAUAAAAACGAAUCUAUAUAGUCGGAUAAUAAUAUCAAAUGUAUAUAUAUAAUAUACCAUAUAUAACUCAAAAUAUUUAUUUUUAUAUUCAUAACAUUAAAAUGAAUUACUUUGAAAAUAUAUAUUUAAUGAUGAAUAAAAAUCUUUAUAUACACACCACCUAUGUAUCUCUGUCUUAAUAUACUAGUUAAAGAGAGACAGAAAAUUGUAUAAUACCCAUUUCUUAGCCCUUACCAAUAAAAUAGUCCAAAUAGAAAGAGCUGUCUGUACUCGAGAACUAACAGUGAAAUUCUGGUAUAUUACGAAUAAUGAUUUAUUAUUAUUAUUUUAUUUUUAUUAAAUGAACCUUAAGUGUUGAUAAUAUUAACUAUUCCGAUUUCACGUAUGUAUGUUAUGUGCAUACGCAUAAUUAAGGGAAUAGACAAUUAAUAAUAGUUUAUUUGGUACUGUUUUAUAUACGCGAAUGUUUCGGAGACAAACUCCAAGCCGACUUAGUUUGCGCGUAUUUUUAUCGCCUCACACACAAUACAUUAGUAAUAUCGGAAUAGUUAUUAAAAAUAGUAUCUUGCCAAAUAUAUAUUAAAUAUAGUUAGUAGAAUUGUUAUCAGACUAUAUUUUGUUUGCGGUAUGUAUAAUAUAAUAAUAACAUAUUAUUUUAAUUAUAUUCAGUAAAUUAUAAUUUUACAUAACGUUGUACUUGCAAAUUAAAUUAUUUAAGUGUACUUAAUCAAUCGAAUCUACAAAAGAAAGGCUUCCAUUUUUACAAAAGGGAAAUUUACUUACGAAAGAUAUCGAAUACUAGGUUAGGCAUUUGUAUAAAUUUUUUCACUUAUAGAUGAUAUUGACAUUAUUGAAUAAUUUCAGUAAAAUCAUGUUACAAUCUUUUUCUUUCUUCUUUUUUCUCUUUCUUUCUCAAAAACGUUCAGUGGGUUUGUUGACAUUGUAUUUUUUUUAAAUUAUGUAUGUAUGUUCAACGUUCAAUUUUUAAUAUGUCUUGUUUUUUCCUUUACAUCGAAGCAACGAGUCGUGGUUAUUUUACCACAAUUUAUUUUAAACAUGUUUUAUCCUUAUUAUUAUUAACUGAUUUAUGUGUUAAUAAAUUAUUUUAAUUUAAUUUUAAAACUGUCAGCUUGUAACACAAGAUUGUAAGCACAACCAGACUUGGGCAAAAUGUAAUCUGAUUAAUAAUUAACGAUUACGAUUACAUCAAUCUCAAUUACAGUAUAACUAAAGUGAGUGCCCCAGAGUAUCCUCGCGCGCUCUCUUCCGAGUCAAUCAAGUUAAUCUUUAAUGGUGAUCAAUCACCACUUAUUACACAUUGUAAUCGUAAUCAUUCAUGUGAUUAUUUUAUGCCCAAGUCUGAGCACAACUAAACAAUACUAAUCCAGAAAUCUAUGAUUAAUUAAACUUAUCUAUUAAACAUAAUUAGCAUUUAGUUUAAUAUUUUGUUAGCAUUUCUAAAUUUUUGUAUGUACUUAGAAGAAAUUUAGAGGUUUUUAUACACUGCGACUUAUUAAUGGAUGUUUCUUUUGUUUCUCAAAGUGAGUUUCUGAAAUGCUUAACAAAUAAUAACGUGUGAACAUUUAUUUUAAUGGUUGUGCUCUUUCCAGAAGCUUUGAUUUAAAUUUAUCGGUCAGUAUGUGGAAGAAGGUCAAACUGUGCGACUGAAUUUUAAACCAAAUUCAUCAAAUCGAUGAAACUGUUAUUUUCUUGCACUUGAUGCAAUAAUACAAACUAGUAUAUAUACAUGUUUUUAUUCGUUUUUAAUACAGAAAUGAAAUAAACGCUUUAUCUUAUUA